UGUCCUUUUGUAUCCAUCUUCAAAAAUUAGGGUUGUGUUUUAAGGGGUUAUCUCAACGGUUAGGGGUAAUAAUUUCUAUAGAUUAAAUUUGUAUAGUUAUAGUUUUUUUUUAGUCAAGGAAUUUAAAUUCUUAGUAAUGAGUGAUCCCAUAAAUCUUUCUAGAUUCGAAAAGUCUCUUGGAUUAUUGACAACUCGGUUCGUCUCACUAUUACAAAAAGCUCCUGAUGGUUUACUUGAUCUUAAAUCGGCUGCAGAUGACUUAGCAGUGAAGCAGAAGAGAAGAAUUUAUGACAUAACCAAUGUAUUGGAAGGUAUAGGAUUGAUAGAAAAGAAGAAUAAAAAUGUUAUUCAGUGGAAAGGAACCAUUACCUCCAAUGGCAAAAAUAAAGACCUGCCAGGAACACUCGGCUCACUGAAACUCGAGCUUUCAAACCUGAAGAAGUACGAACGCACUCUGGAGACUCACAUACAGUGGUGUCAGCAGAGUGUGAAGAAUAUAAUGGAAGAUGAAGAGAAUAUCAAGAAAGCCUAUGUGCUGGACUCUGACAUGGUCAAGUGUUUCGAGGACAGUGUUCUUUUGGCCGUGAAGGCCCACCCUGGCACAUGCUUGGAGGUUCCAGUAGUUAACAGUACUGACAAAAAAUCGGAGCCAAAGUAUAUGAUUCAUCUCAAAUCUGUCAAUGACCCAAUAGAGGUGUUCUACCUGCAACAGGGAUCUAAGCUGAAAGAUGUUGGAAAUCUUAAUUCCUUGAGCGAGACAGAGGAAUCAGACAUGAAGGAGAGUGAAGUACCUGUACCUGUACAACCUCCAGAGGAAAGACUAAACAAAGAAAAAAGAGAGAAUCUAACAGAGGAUAUGAUUGAAGCUUCUGUGAUAUUAGGAGACAUGUGUAAAGACUUUUCUUUGUCCAAUAUGGACACGGAUAUUUUGGGAGACUGUUACGGAAGUGAUGCUCUCAGUCCAUUCCUAAGACUCAGUCCACCACCCAAUGACAGAGAUUAUAUCUUCAAUUUGGCUGACAGUGAGGGUGUGGCCGACUUGUUUGAUGUCCCCAUGAUAAUGAAAUGACGCAUAUUCCUCAGCAGGUCAAUCUUCUUUUAGACACGUGUACCUGACGAUGAUGAUGGUGGUGCUACAAGUGAGUUUUGAGGAAGUUUGCUUGGCGGCUCCUCCUCGCUCAGGAUUUCCAAUUGAAACACGUUGAGGAUUAGCUUUAUGGAAAAGAUAUUCUCAUUUAUACUACAAAUGUUUUAGUAUAAUUUGUAUUCAUUCCCUAGUUUAAAAUAUUUCAACUGCCAAUAUCACUUACCACCACAGUAACUUAAUUUUUUACAUAUAUAAAGCUGAAGACUUAUAAAUUGUAAUGCCUGUAAGUAUCUAAGCAGUAAUGGCUUAUAGCACAUUUCCCCCAUGGUAAAAUAUAUUGAAAUGAGAAUAAGUAUGUGCAUUGAUUGUCAUUUGAUACAAAAGCACAACAUUGUCAACGUUGAAAUGAUAUGGAGGAAAUCAUAUAAAUGUAAUAAGAACGAUUAAGUUGAUACUGUCACAGUUUGGUAAUAACAAUUUUGUAUUUACAUUUGAAAUCCUUUUUAAAAGGUUUUGUGAAGUAACAAUAUUACAUUAUUGGUCUUUGUAAUAACAGUAAUAAAUGAAGAGAUACUAUAAUGAUGCACAAAUCAGAAAAAGACAUGGAUUAUAUCUUAUUUCUGAAAAGUACUAAAGCUUCAACCAACAAAAGGUUAAAAGUUGUUUUGUUUAAAAUUAAAAAAUAUUUACUCCUCUUUUGAACGUUUCUUAUGUUUUAAGGUAUGUUGAAAUUUUGUAACAAUACAUCUACACAGGUACAUUUGUCAAAAUACAAGAAACACUGGACUUUUUAGUGUCUCAGAUUUUAUUUCUUUAUAUUUGUAAUCCAGGUUUUUUUAACAUUGAAUAAAAUUUAAUAUCAAAUCAAUGUUUUUACCGAGUUGUGAAAUAAUUUACAUGUUAUAUUCACACUCGAGCCAAUGUGUACCAUACUUGGUUCUUGAUUUAGAAAACUUUAAAGGGGUGCUAUAGUGAGUCUGCAUAGUAACACCUCUAUCCACACAUCCCCUACAACAGGACAACAUGGAAGUGUGCUACAUAGGUAUGGAGUAGGGGCCGGCUCACUUCUGCUGAAUGAUGGCGAGUUAAGAAAACCUGGAUGGUGUGCACAAACUAUAUAUUAAAUAUAUUCAAAAUUUCAACAAGAUAAAAACAAAAACAGUGAUCAACAGUUUAUUUAAUAAGAUUUGAGUUUUUUAAUCCAUAAUUAUUGUUGCUGCCUCAGAUAACAACACCAUCUCAUCUACAGUGCACUGGUUUAUAACAAGAUGGUUGGCCAACA